UUAUAACUGAUAAAAUUUGUCAACUCACCUUCGAUGGCAAUGGUUCUCAAUGGAGGAUGGAUCUUUCUAGAUAGUACGAAAAAAUAUACAAGACUUUUCGUGGCUCAACUCUAAUCCACAAGCAGGUUAAUUUAUAUACAAAACGUCGAUACGAUUAAACAGUUUUUUUCUUUAUUAAGUCUGCCUGAAAAAUAACGGACCUGUUUUUAUUUUGGGGUAACUGUGUCGUCGAUUCAGUGGGUAUUUUUCCAUACUCUUCCUGCAAGUGUAGUUCUCUCACAGGUCGCGAGGCACUUAGGGACCGCUUUCGAGUUUGUCGAGUUGCUUACGUUCAAGCAGUAAAAUUCAAAUUCAGCAUGUCAGGGGGCGAAAAGUCCAAUUUAAAGGGCAACAACGAGAUGGCGGAGCUGGAAAAGCUCGUCGUACACGAAGACGGGACUGUUGAAUUGGAUAGGGCCAGCCGAAUUCUUUUUCGCAUGAAUGAAUUGCUAAAACGUAGACAGUUCCUGUGCGGUGACACACCUACAACAAUGGAUGAAAUAGUUAUUUUCAAACUGCGUCCUUUGUUGGAAGAAAUGACCGCAUAUGACAGGGCGCUCCACAGACAUCUCACCAGAUGGGUCAGAGUCAUGCUCAAAAGAUUGAGCAAUGAUAAUGCAUAAUAUUUAUGAAUGACUUUUUAUUUUAUUUGUGAAUAUGUCUAUAUGACUGUUCAAGAAUGCCAUUUUAAUAAAGCAUAUCAAUAAUUUUAA